AUGGCAGGAGAUUUUAAUUGCACCACAAAGGACAGUGACAGACAACCCAAGCGUCGCGUGAAAGAUGGAAGUGUGUCUGUACUUCGUAAGCUAUGUGAUACAGUUGACAUUGUAGAUGCAUCUGAGGAAUGUGACAACGGACAAGUAAACUUUACCCAUUGGCAAGGAAACAGCCAUGCCAGACUAGAUAGGAUCUAUAUGUCCGCCUCGCUGAAGAGGGGUCAGUGCAAGGUUGCAACUGUCCCGGUGCCAUUCUCGGAUCAUGCUUUGGUUGCGACUACUAUUUCCCUGGGAAAGAGCGAAGUUCGGCAGAUGAGUGGGCAGGGCCAUUGGAAGUUGAAUGAGGAGCUUCUAAAAGAUGAAAAAUUUUGCCAUAGGAUCGCUUCAGAGCUUAGCCACAUGUUGCAGUCAGAGGCAUGUGACGCUUGUACGUGGGAGAAGUUCAAGUUGAAGGUGCAAAGGGUUGCCAAAGAAGAAGGCGAAAGAAGGAAGAGAGAGGAGGAUGAAGAGAGGAAGGCUUAUAAAAAUCUUCUUUUGAAGUUGGUGCAGGAGGAAGAAGCAAAUCCAGGGAGCUUUGUUGAUGAGAUAAAGAAAUGCAAGGAAGAGUACCUCAGAAUCCUCCAGAAGAGAUACAGGGGAGCGGUGGUUCGGAGCAGGGAGCAGGCUCUCGCUGCAGAUGAACAGCCUUAG